AUGCGGCAAUCAGCAACUCUGCUCGGGCUGUGUGCCAUCCACGCUGCCAUUGCCAACAGCAAAGUCAUAACAGCAGACUAUGGAUCUUGUCAUGACGCCUGCAUCCUUCUCUCUGACGCAGUCUCAGUCGAGCUGACUGGCAGUUACGUGUCUGAUUUCAAACAGAACCCCACGGUCACAGACGGAGAUUCUGUGAAAUCUCUCUUUUGGGCGCAGCAGCAGCAGUCUAUCCAGCCAGCGUGUCUUGUCCACAUUCAAUCUCCCAGAGAUGUGGCAGCCGUCAUAUCGGUCUCGCGCAGGACUGGUUGCCCCUUCGCUGUUCGCGGUGGGGGCAAAUCAGAUAUUCCAGGUGCCAGCAACAGCGAUGGUGGCAUCACCGUCAAUAUGGCGGGCUUGAACAGUGUCGAAUUCGACGAAAGUGAAAGCUUAGUCCGGGUCGGCGCAGGCGCAAUCUGGGGCGAUGUGUACAAGGAGCUGGAAAAAUCAAACAACACCGUUAUAGGCGGCCGACUCACUUCAGUUGGUGUUGGUGGACUACUACUAGGUGGUGGACUGAGCCACUUCUCCGGCCGUCACGGCUGGGGGUGUGACAAUAUUCGCAGCUACGAGGUGGUCCUUGCAAAUGGCACUCUAGCAACCGCCUCCAAAACAUCAAACCCGGACCUCUAUCGCGCUCUGCGCGGUGGUGGAAACAACUUUGGCGUUGUCACUCGUUUCGAUCUUGACACAUUCCAGCAGGGGCCAAUUUGGGGAGGACUGCAUGUGUGGCCGCUGCUGCCAUCAGUGACUUCUGCCGUCACACGCGGCUUUGUCAAGUUCGCACACGACGCUCCGUCCGAUCCAUACACGUCACUGUUUGCUGGCUUGGGCUUCAUGCAGGGUCACUUUGCUUGGGCCGUAGGGCAGUAUGACACGCUAGGAAGGGUUGAACCUGCCAUCUUCACCCAGUUCAAAGACGAUGUGGAGGUCUUUGGCUCACCGAAGAUUGCCAGCACGGCGAGAGUGAGUUCAUUGAUGGACUUCGCAGAGGAGCUGAACAACGCAGAACCUCCCGGUAAGCGGAGUCGGUUCACAACAGCAACCUUCACCGCCGACGAAGGACUGUUGGCGCUCAUGGCGCACGCGUUCGUGGAACAAGUCCAGAAGGCGCUAGACAAUGGACUGAAGGAGGACAAGCUAUUUGCACCCAUGUUGGGAAUCCAACCAAUAACCAAGAACAUCUUGAAAGCCUCAGCCGAUCGUGGCGAAAACAUGAUGGGUCUCCAUGAUGACAAGGCGCCUUUGAUCCUCUGUUCUUUCGGAUGGGAAUGGUCUCAUGAAUCCGAUGAUGAGAAGGUCAUCGCUGGUAUCAAGUCCGUGUUUGAUCAGUCCGUCUCAGCUGCCAAGGAGAGAGGCCUGUAUCAUCCCUUCAAGUACAUGAACUACGCGGCAAAAGAACAGGAUCCUGUUGGCAGCUAUGGGGACGAGAACAUCAAGUUCUUGAAGCGAGUUCAAAAAGUUUAUGACGCAGAGGGCGUUUUCUCUGCAUUGGUACCCGGAGGCCACAAGAUUAACUAAGUCACUAUCGAGUUCAAG